AUGGUUUUGCCUAAGGGUUCAGCUCCAAUGAAGAUCCCAGAGAUUCAUGACAAGCUAAAACAAUUGUGGAAUAUUAAACCUUGGUUUAUUUCUCCAUUAGGUAAAGUUUUCUUCUGCUUCAAGUUUUCUUGUGAGGAAGAUGUCACCUAUGUUCGUUCUGCAGGAGCAUGUAAUAUCAAGCCUGGAAUUUUUCAUUUUCAUCAGUGGAUCCCAGAUUUUAAUCCAUAUAAACAACAUCAAACCCUAUCUCAGGUUUGGGUUCGUAUUUAUGAUUUAAGUUAUGAAUACUGGAGAUCUAAAACUUUGUUUGAGAUCUCAAGUACUCUAGGUGAUCCUUUAUACAUUGAUAAAGCUACAUUAAUAAGAAGCUUUGGUUUAUAUGCGAGAGUUUUGGUAGAGAUUGAUCUAGCAAAGCCAUUACUUUAUGAAGUUCUUAUUGAGAGAAAUGGUUAUUCCUUUUUUGUCUCAAUUGACUAUGAAAAAAUCCCAUCCUAUUGUUCCUUUUGUAAAACAAUAGGUCAAGAGGAAAGCUCCUGUAAGAAGAAGAAACAAAAAGAAGCGAAUGUUAAUGAGCCGACUAAGGAUGCUUCUAAUAAUAAGAAAUCUCAUUAUGUCCCUAAGAAGACUAAUUCAACAACUACAUGUGAUACUAAUGGUGUCAUUUCAUCUAGUACUCCCCCGGUAGUACCUGAGAUAACUGCUAGUGUUGUUGAAGUUGCACAGUCUAGUGGUAAUGAGUCUCUCCCAGCCUCUGGUAAUAAUGUUGAUAAAUUUUUUGCAGAGGUGGGUAUUAUUAAUGGAACAGUCGAAGUUACUGUGCCAUGUAAUACUGAGACUCACUCAGGAAUGAAUGUGUUAAAUGGAUCUGGUGUUGAUACUUCACCUGAUAAUGAUAUUGAAAAUUCUGAAAUUCCCAUAUUUCACCAACAAGAAGAUAAUGUAGAUGAUGCUAUUAGCAUUGAUACUCUUGAAGAUGAGAAUGCUUGCCCUUUUGAAGCAGUUCUUACGAAAUCUCAGAAAAAACGGGCUCGUGAAAAAGCUAAGAAAGCUGCUAUGGCAGAAUCACAAUCUAAACCUUGGAAUAUGCGUCCAAGUAGUGGUACAAAUUCUUCUCAAUUAGAAAUAUCUAUUGGAAUUUGCGUGACUUUGGAAACACUGACACGCAACUAG